CUUACUCCAAACACUCUCCUUUAAAUCAGCACCGUCCGUUUUUCCCAUCACAAUAGAUAAUGUUGCUCUUCAUUCUCCUCGCUCCUUUCCUGCUCCUCCUCCUCUACUUCGUCGUCCAGCCCAAACCAGUCAGCGUUCCGAUAAAAGACCGCCACGUGUUUAUUACAGGCGGAUCAAGUGGUAUUGGGUUGGCUCUGGCCCACAAGGCAGUCUCCGAAGGGGCCCGUGUCUCUCUCUUAGCUCGUUCGCUCAACAAGCUCGAGGAGGCCCAAAAAUCAAUCCGCCUGGCAUACGGCGUCGACGUCGCGAUUUUCGCCGCAGAUGUCCGCGAUUACGAAGCCGUGCAACGCGCAGUCGAGGAUGCUGGCUCAAUUGACGUGCUGGUGGUUAACCAAGGAAUUUUUGUGCCCCAAGCAUUGGAGAAGCAGGAAUUGGAUGAGGUGAAGUUCAUGAUAGACGUGAAUUUGAUGGGAAGUUUUAAUGUGAUCAAAGCCGCUUUGCCGUUUAUGAAGGAUAGGAAAGAUCGCCGACCCGCCUCUAUUGCUCUUAUGUCGUCGCAAUCUGGUCAAGUAGGUGUUUAUGGUUACUCGGCUUAUUCAGCUAGUAAGUUUGGCCUCCGAGGAUUAGCAGAAUCAUUGCAACAGGAGGUCAUUUCGGAUAACAUUCAUGUCACUGUCAUAUACCCUCCAGACACCGAAACUCCCGGUCUAGAGGAAGAAAAAAAGAUUAGACCAGAGCUCACCAACAUCUUAGCAGGCUCUGGUGCCGUACUGAAAGCUGAAGAAGUAGCCGGGAAAACUUUGGAUGGUAUCAAGUCUGGAACUUUUAGCGUCACCUUCAACAUUGAAGGGUACCUAUUAGCCUUCGCUACUGCCGGAGCGUCCCCCCAGAGAUCUUUCUUGAUGGCAUUCCUUGAGGUGGUUCUUGCUGGUAUAUCACGUCUUGCAGCCUUGUUUUUCCUAUGGAGCUUCUACAGGACCAUUAAAAAGUGGCAUGUAAAACCAAAUUAAGAAAUAAGGGGCUAGAGUUCCUUCUUUGUUGCUUGAUAUGGAUCAGCAUUCCUUAUUCUGCCUGCUUUCCGUUGCGCACGGAUGUUGACUUGAAAUGAAUGGUUUGAUAGCUUUAGAAUAAUGAGUUUGUUACCCAUGUUGAAAUGUAGCACAAAUUCUGAAAAUGGUAAAACUAAGAGCUCCAUCCCUUUAUGUAAGAGCCUGCAUAAGAAAAUUGGAGUUUGUACAAAUGUGAUCAUAAUUAAAAAAAAAAAAAAUCUUCUUUAUUUCCUUUAA